UUUUUUUAAAUUAAAUUUAUUUUAAUGAUUUUUUUUUUUGCUGCAAAAUCAUUAUUGCUUGUCUCCGUUUACCUGGUGGGAAAAGCUGGGAUGUGAAGAGCUUCGUUAUGUUAAAGAAGCAAAGUGGCAGUGUUCGAUCGUUAUUCAAUCAAAUCUCUGACUGUAAUCGUAAGAGCAUGGCGUUUUCGGCUCGUAACGGUCCGUUUUCGAGGCAGCUCCACUCGUUGCCGAGCGACCAGCGGCAGCUCAAACUCGUACCACUCGAUAAUUACAAUGUCUGCGGCGGCGGCGGCGGCGGUUUUAAGUUUAACAAAGCGGCUACUGGGUUAAAUUUGAGUAUCAAGAGUUGUUUCGAGAAAUCCCCUAUAAACUGGGAUCAGAAAGCAGUCGUCUUUGCUUCCCAAUUGACGCGCGAGUUGGAAAUAUCUAAUCAUAAUGAACCCCAGAAAAUGGCAAAGACGGCGGCUGAUUCUAACGGAUCGUUUCAGAGGGGGACUGUUGAUUUUCCCGACAAGCCGUCGCCGGAGAAAAUCGUGGUUGCUGUCGAUGUCGAUGAAGUACUAGGAAACUUUGUGUCGGCUUUGAAUAGAUUUAUAGCGGAUCGGUACUCGUUGAAUCAUACAGUUUCAGAGUACCAUGUGUACGAGUUUUUCAGGAUAUGGAACUGUUCUCGCGAUGAAGCCGAUAUCCGUGUCCAUGAGUUCUUCAAGACACCAUAUUUCAAGAAAGGUAUCCACCCCCUCCCAGGUGCUCAUAUGGCCCUUCACAAGUUAUCAAGAUUCUGUAGCCUUUCGGUCGUGACGUCUCGGCAGAAUGUGAUCAAGGACCAUACAAUUGAGUGGUUAGAGAAGCACUAUCCUGGACUUUUCCAGGAGAUUCACUUUGGCAACCAUUUUGCUCUUGAUGGCAAAUCUAGACCUAAGUCGAAAAUAUGCCGGUCAUUAGGAGCCAAAAUCCUAAUUGAUGAUAACCCGAGAUAUGCUCUUGAGUGUGCUCAGGUUGGCAUCAGAGUUCUGCUGUUUGAUUUCGAGAACUCGUAUCCAUGGUGUAAGACACAAUCAGCGGAAGAACACCCUUUGGUGACCAAAGUACAUAACUGGGAAGAAGUGGAACGACAAAUAGCGUCGUGGAUCCUUAGUUCUUCUAUCCUUUAAGAUACUCUCUAUGGUCAGGAUCCUACAACUUAGUUUUGUUAACUGUUUCUCAUAACCCUAGAACAUUCGAUAGGGCCGAAA